AUGCAAAAGUUAAGGCGGCUACUAGAUCCAGAGGAUGAGCUCAGCGACAUCAGGUCAGACUCUGUGCCAUCAGAAGUCCGUGACUGGCUGGCUUCCACUUUUACUCGUCAAAGGGGCAUCAUGCUACGCCAAAAUGAAGACAAGCCACGCUUCCGCAGCAUUGUCCAUGUAGUGCAGGCUGGCAUCUUUGUGGAGAGAAUGUACAGACGAAACUCCAACAUGACUGGUUUCUGCUAUCCCCCAAAUGUCAUCACUGUGCUCAAGCACAUAGACUUGUGGUCCUUUGAUGUGUUUAAGUUGAAUGACGCCAGUGGAGAUCAUGCUCUGAAAUUUGUCCUCUAUGAGCUACUCACCAGAUACGACUUGAUCAAUCGUUUUAAGGUUCCUGUGUCUGCUCUCAUAUCAUUUGCGGACUCGUUGGAGGGGGGCUACAGAAAGCACAAGAAUCCCUACCACAAUCUGAUGCACGCUGCUGAUGUCACACAGACUAUCCAUUUCCUGAUCCUCAAGACUGGCCUGGUGCAUUGGCUAACUGAGUUGGAGAUCUUUGCCAUAAUCUUUGCUGCUGCUAUCCAUGACUAUGAGCACACAGGGACCACCAAUAACUUCCAUAUUCAGACAAGGUCAAACACAGCCAUGUUGUACAAUGACCGAGCUGUUCUAGAGAACCACCAUGUCAGUGCAGCCUAUCGUCUCCUACAGGAUGAUGAUGAAAAGAACAUCCUCUCUAAUCUUAACAAAGAUGACUGGAGGGAACUGCGGAGUUUGGUAGUGGAGAUGGUCUUGGCCACUGACAUGUCUUGCCACUUCCAGCAAAUCAAAGCCAUGAAAACCCUUCUACAGCAGCCUGAAGCGAUUGACAAACCGAAGGCCUUAUCUUUGCUGCUGCACACAGCUGACAUCAGCCACCCAGCAAAAUGCUGGGAACUCCAUCACCACUGGACCACAUCCCUUCUGGAGGAGUUCUUCAGACAGGUAAAACCAAACUGUGCAGAUAACAUUUACAAUAUACUGUAA